AUGGAUACGACUGUUAAUCCUAACAGUACACUAGAAGGUCAAAGCCAAGAAGAUAUUCCAUUGACUCAGAAGAGCAGUCAGUUUAGUCAGUCAUUACGAUCAAUCCAUAUAAGAUCAAUUGUUGCGCAGGAUUGGUUUUCUGUCCAAAAGGAACGUGAAGUGUAUGCUGUAUUGUAUCCUAUGGCUCAAGGUUUACAUCACAUUGAAUUAUCUACACCUCUGUUUGGGUUUGGAAGAAAUCCGAAAUUAAGUGAAGCAUACAACUUUACUAGCCUAAGUGAUCAUCACUUGAGAAGUAGUAUCAGUGGAAGACAUUGCCACAUAGAACGGGAUGCUCUAGGCAUUACUUACCUUCAUGACACAAGCCGUUUCGGAACAUUUAUAAAUGAAAAAUUGGUCGGAAAAGACAGUCCUUGUCGCUUGUUGAAUGGUGACCUAAUAAGCUUAUGCGAUCCGAAAUUUUAUGCUUUUAUCUAUGUUGAAACAAAGGUUUCAAACGACGAGUUUCCAGCUGAGUUAAGCAAUGAGUACUUAGUUUCGAAUUUGGUUAUUGGUAAAGGUGCAAUGAGCAAAGUGUACAUCGGUAAGAAACGGACAAAUACUUCAAUUGCCGUGGCUAUUAAAGUCAUUCCUAAAAAACAUGAAAUCGUAGGUAGUAAUGAAGAGAAGCGAUCCACGUCAGAAGCUAUCAAACGAGAAGUCCAAAUCAUGUUGAGUGUGAAACAUCCAAAUUGUGUACGUUUGGAACAGCUGUAUGAAUCGGAUUCAAUGGCUUACAUAGUAAUGGAGUACAUUGAAGGUGGUGAAUUGUAUAAGCGAAUUAUCGCGAAUGAAAAUAAGGGAAAUGGUCUUGGAGAAGAAGUCACUAAGUUUUAUGCGUGGCAAAUAUUCAGUGCUCUCGAUUAUCUUCAUAAAAAUGGAAUCGUACAUCGUGAUAUAAAACCUGAAAAUGUCUUACUGUUGACUAAGGAUACUUUUACAGUAGCUAAAUUGACAGAUUUUGGAUUAAGCUGCAUGAAAGAUCAUUCAUUAACAACAUUUUGUGGUACUCAAUGUUAUAUGGCACCAGAAGUUUGGACAAAUGAAAGUUAUGAUUCUAAAGUUGAUAUAUGGUCGUUUGGCGCUGUUAUUUUUUCUAGCUUGAGUGGUUAUCCUCCGUUUAGUGAAUCUUACGAGGACUUAAAGCUAAAAGAUCAAAUUGUACGAGGUCGACUAAUUUAUUACAAAGUAUGGAAGCAUAUUUCGACUACUGCUCGCGAAUUUGUCAGGCUUUGUUUGAAGGUUGAUGUAAAAAAUCGUUUGUCGGCUGAACAAGCGUUAUCUCAUGAAUGGUUUAACGAUCCAAUUGCUGAAAAAGCCAAACGAGUUGUUCAGUCCUAUGCUGACUGA